AACUGCUACCUGAUCCAGGCUAGGCGCCCGUACAAACCGAAACUCCGAAACUUCCAUCUACACUAAGCUAGCUGAAACAAAGCGCUGUAACUCCAGAGGACUUUGUCAGAAUGCCUCAGACCAACAAGUCAGUGAGCGGUGGCGGUGCGCUGGGCCAGGUAUCUGCUCCAGACCAGGGUGAGCCGCCGCCACCACCACAGGAUGUCAGGCUCCAGAUGGCUGCUGGAGAUGGAGGCGGAGGUAGAGGAAAUGCAGCAGAAGACCAGGGAGACUCGGAGAUUGUCAGAUCACCCAGUGACCCAAAGAAAUACAGAUACAUCGAGCUGAGUAACGGCCUCCGAGCACUCCUCAUCUCCGACUUCAGCGGGUCGGAUGGGAAGGGAGGCGGUGAGAAUGCAGAGGGCAGGGGGGAGGCAGAUGACGAGGAGGAUGAGGAGGAAGGUGAGGAAGAUGGGGAUUCUGGUGAGGGGUCGGAGGAGGAUGAGGAGGAGAAUGAAGAAGAAGAGCAGGACAGCGACUUUGAUGAGCUGGACGAGGAGAAUGCGGGGAAGAAGAAGAAAGGGAGCUCUGAGAAACAGGCGGCAGCUGCUCUGUGCAUCAGUGUAGGGAGCUUCAGUGACCCCGACGACCUACCUGGCCUCGCCCACUUCCUGGAGCACAUGGUGUUUAUGGGCAGUGAGAAAUACCCAGCGGAGAACGGCUUCGACGCCUUCUUGAAGAAGCACGGCGGAAGCGAUAACGCCUCCACUGACUGCGAGAGAACCAUCUUUCAGUUUGACGUGCAGAGGAAGUACUUCAGAGAGGCUCUUGACAGGUGGGCUCAGUUCUUCAUCUGUCCUCUGAUGAUAGAAGACGCCAUCGACAGAGAGGUGGAGGCCGUGGACAGCGAGUACCAGUUAGCAAGGCCGUCUGACUCACAUCGUAAGGAGAUGCUGUUUGGGAGUCUGGCUAAACCGGGACACCCUAUGAGCAAAUUCUGCUGGGGUAACGCUCAGACAUUAAAGCACGAGCCCAGAGAGAAGCAGAUCAACACCUACCAGAGGCUCAGAGACUUCUGGAGGAGAUAUUACUCUGCUCACUACAUGACACUCUCCGUUCAGUCCAAAGAGACUCUGGACACUCUGGAGCAGUGGGUCAGAGACAUCUUCAUCAAAGUCCCCAACAACGGUGAACCUCGAGCCGACUUCUCUCACCUCCUGCAGCCGUUUGACACACCAGCUUUCAACAAACUCUACAGAGUGGUUCCUGUGAGGAAGGUUCACGCUCUGACCAUCAGCUGGGCCGUACCGCCGCAGGGGAAACACUACAGAGUGAAGCCUCUUCACUACAUCUCCUGGCUGAUCGGACACGAAGGAACCGGCAGCAUCUUGUCUCUGCUCAGGAAGAAGUGCUGGGCUCUGGCUCUGUUCGGAGGAAACAGUGAGACGGGUUUCGACCAGAACACCACCUACUCCAUCUUCUCCAUCUCCAUCACCCUGACCGACCAGGGCUACCAAAACUUCUACCAGGUCGUCCAUUUUGUGUUCCAGUACCUGAAGAUGCUCCAGACUUUGGGCCCCCAGCAGAGGAUUUAUGAGGAAAUUCAGAAGAUCGAAGCCAACGAGUUCCACUAUCAGGAGCAGACAGAUCCCAUCGAGUUUGUGGAGAACAUCUGUGAGAACAUGCAGCUGUUUCCCAAAGAGGACUUCCUGACUGGAGACCAGCUCAUGUUUGAGUUUGACCCGCAGGUGAUCAGUGCUGCUCUGUCCCCACUGACUCCCGACAGAGCGAACCUGCUGCUGCUCUCACCAGAGAACGAAGGUCACUGUACACUCAAAGAGAAAUGGUUUGGUACCAGCUACAGCAUGGAGGACAUCCCAGAGGAGUGGGCCCAGCGCUGGACAGGAGAUUUUGAACUCCACCCUGAACUGCACCUUCCUGCUGAGAACAAAUUCAUCGCCACGGAUUUCACCCUGAAAACAUCCGACUGUCCAGACACCGAGUUUCCUGUCAGGAUCAUGAACAACGAGCGCGGCUGUCUGUGGUACAAGAAGGACAACAAGUUCAAGAUCCCCAAAGCUUAUAUUCGUUUCAACCUGAUCUCACCAAUGAUUCAGAAGAGUCCUGAGAAUCUGGUGUUGUUCGACCUCUUUGUGAACAUCUUGGCUCACAACCUGGCGGAGCCGGCCUACGAGGCCGACGUGGCUCAGCUGGAGUACAAGCUGGUGGCCGGAGAGCACGGGCUGGUGAUCAGACUGAAGGGCUUCAACCACAAACUGCCGCUGCUGUUGAAACUGAUCGUGGAUCAUCUGGCAGACUUCAGCGCCGAGCCGGGCGUCUUCAACAUGUUUUCUGAGCAGCUAAAGAAAACCUACUUCAACAUCCUCAUCAAACCUGAGAGACUCGGCAAGGACGUCCGACUGCUGAUCCUGGAGCACUGUCGCUGGUCGGUCAUUCAGAAGUAUCAGGCUGUCAUGAAGGGUCUGACGGUCGAUGACCUCAUGACCUUCGUCACUGGGCUGAAGGCGGAGCUGUACGCCGAGGGGCUGGUGCAGGGAAACUUCACCAGCAUGGAGUCCAAAGAGUUUCUGCAGUACUUCAUCGAUAAGCUGCAGUUCCAGCCUCUGUCAGCAGAGGUCCCUGUGUUGUUUCGGGUGGUGGAGCUGCCUCAGAAACAUCAUCUCUGUAAAGUCAAAUCUCUCAACAAAGGAGACGCCAACUCCGAGGUCACUGUCUACUACCAGUCGGGGCUGAAGAACCUCAAAGAGCACGCUCUGAUGGAGCUGAUGGUGAUGCACAUGGAGGAGCCGUGCUUUGACUUCCUCAGGACGAAGGAGACUCUGGGGUACCAGGUGUACCCAACCUGCAGGAACACCUCAGGGGUGCUGGGAUUCUCCGUCACCGUGGAAACACAGGCAACCAAGUUCAGCACAGAGCUGGUGGAGGCGAAGAUUGAGGAGUUCCUGGUGAGUUUCGGGGAGCGUCUGUCGGGUCUGAGCGAGGAGGCCUUCAGGACCCAGGUGACGGCUCUCAUCAAGCUGAAGGAGUGCGAGGACGCUCACCUGGGAGAGGAAGUGGACCGCAACUGGUUUGAGGUCGUCACACAGCAGUACGUCUUCAAGAGGCUCAACAAGGAGAUCGAGGCUCUGAAGCUGUUCUCUCAGGAGGAGCUGGUCUCCUGGUUCCUGGAACACAGAAACAACAGCAGGAAGCUCAGCGUACAUGUGGUUGGUUUUGGGGUGGAGGAGAAUGACCCACCAGAACCGAGCAAUGCCUGUAGCCCCGAGAGCCCGGACAACCCCCCUUCCUCAGCCUACGGUGAAGUGAGCGAGCUGACCUUCCUGCCAGCCUCCUCGCCGCCGCUCCAGGACACCAUGCUCAUCACCGACAUCAGAGCGUUCACCUCAUCCCUCCCCCUCCACCCUUACCACAAAAUCCUCAGCUAGGCCACUCCCACUGCAGGCCAACAGGGCGGAGCUAAAGACCUCCUCGUUGUAGUAAUAAUAAUAAAGUAACCAUGGAAACAGCUAGCAUUGAUGUUCGAUGGAAGAGGACACUGUUAGGACGGACAUUUAACAAGUGUUUAAAUCUUUUGUUUCAUGUGAGUGGUUGUAAAAAUGCUGCAUUCACAGCCCAUGGGGAAAAAAGCAUAAAUCUGAGCCAGUAUUUGUAAAGCAUCUCAUGAUUAACAUUUUACAACAGCAGAAAUUAUAAACGUAAAAAUUAGUAAUAACCACUUUUUUAAUGUAGCAUAAAGGCUCGACAUGUACAGGCAAAUAGAGGUAUCUACUGUGCUGCAGAUUACAGUAUAUAAAUACUGUAUAUAUAUGUGUGUGUGUGCAAAAAUACGAUGCUAAAAGUGUUUAAUCUGCAAAAUAGAUUUCAAGCAUAAAAGUAAGUUUUGUGCUGCAGUUACACAGCAGAUAUUAACAGAUUUAUUCAGAUAAGACCGACCUGUUUCGUGAGAUAGACGAUUGCAAACACUUUUAUGAAGCUGUAAGAGCAAAUCAAAGUUUGAUUUACUACUGCAGAAAUGCACAAUUGUUAUCAUCUCAGCUCCAAAGCUACAUUUUUUUAUUCAUUUUUUUCCGCUGUGAGGUCGGGAGGACCUUCAUUAAUGUGGGGAGAGCAGGGGCUCUCAAAGUCAGUCAAAAUAAUGAUGAAACUAUUGCAGAAAAGCUGUUUUAAUGAGCUGAUACUCAUCAAUAAAUCUCGAGAUAUAUCUCUGCCCGCAGAUAGGAAUUAUUUUAAAGUAAGUCGUUAAAAUUAUUUUACUCCUAAUUCUAACAUUAGGACCAAACUUCACUUAAUAUAUGAUUUGUUGCUGUGAGGUGCUCGAUAAAUACCGGCCCUGCUAUAAAACACUGUUCAGCUCAGAUAUAAGGUGGAAUAUGAAUCUUGGGACUUGCAGUUUGUGAAUCUUGAUGGAUUUAGUUUUAUUUUUUUUUUCUUGUUGCUUUUGACUGUGAACAAAUUUGUACAAUUAUUCCCAGGUGAAGUGAAUGCAGCGUGAUGACUCAGGGCUCUGGUUUAAAAUUCAGUCAGACAACAAAGAAGGGCAGAACUAUCACUUCAGUGUCACUUCAGCCAGUAUCACUGAACAAAACAAGCUAUGUUUUAAUUUAUUACAUAUAAGUUUACAUAUACGUGUUCAUACUGAAAUAAUGGAUGAUGUAUGAAAGAAAUAAAUGUAUACACAGAA